CUGUAUGCCCCCGCUUACACACCAAGAAUUGCGCUAUUAUCCGCAACCCCACUGUUUCCCGGCGAACAACCUUUGCGGUUUUACAUACACAACUCCCGAAAGCAGCUAAGUCUGACAUAGGUCAUAAACCACACAGCCAAGAUGGUUCACGCAGAUGCAUCCAAUUUCAGCGAGGGCAUCACGAAGGAGGAGGCGUACCAACAGGUGCUAGACCAGGCGGAAGGUCUGUUCUUUGAGCAGAGGAAUUGGGUCUGCAACCUCGCCAACACCGCCUCCCUCCUCUGGCACGCCUACAAAUCGCUCCCUUCCCCAAGCAACAAAGUCAACUGGGCAGGCUUCUACACCCACGACCCUCUCUCCCCGCCAUCCAACCCCCAACUCAUCCUGGGGCCCUUCCAGGGCAAGGUCGCGUGCCAGACCAUCGCCUUCGGCCGCGGGGUGUGCGGCACGGCGGCGGCGACGCAGCAGACGCAGCUGGUGGCCGACGUCGAGUCGUUCCCGGGCCACAUUGCGUGCGACGGCGACAGCCGGAGCGAGAUCGUGGUGCCCAUCACCGUGUCGGUAGGGAAGGCAGGCGCAGGCGCAGAUGCAGGCGCAGAUGCAGGCGCAGAUGCAGACGGGGUGGGGGAGGAGGAGGAGGAGCAUAAGAAGAAGAAGGUGGUGGUGGCCAUCAUCGACAUCGACUGUACCGAGGUGAACGGGUUCGACGAGGUGGAUCGGCUGUGGCUGGAGCGGUUGGCCGAGAUGUUGGGGAGAAGUUGUGACUGGCCGUGAAUUUUACGGUGCUUAGGUACCUACCUUAUAUAAGGUAUAUAUACGAAGUAAAACACUAAGGUACCGCCUAUCCAUGCUUUGCAUCAGGAGGGUUGUUUAGGUCCAAUAAGACAUGCAUAGACCUAGACCGGG